AUGGUGACUCAGCUCGCAGCCUCACCGCCUGCGCAGCGACCGCCGGAUCAGCAUCAUGAGCAGACCACCGACACCCCGCCGCCGCGCCGGCCCUCACCAAUGUCCCUCGUCAACUUCUCCUUCACACAAUUCUUCGUCGCGUUAGACGAAGUGGCAGCUGAGGAGCAGCGCGCCACUGCAGAGGCCAUCGCCGCGGCCCCUGUAACCGCCACAUCAACGUCGAGCGCCGUGCUGCCUGUGACAAUGCCACACACGACGCAGCCCCUUGCCAACGCCGCCACUCUCUCCUUGCACGACUGCGUCCUUCUCAAGCUAAGUCUAACGUGCGCCCUCUGCGGUCGACUACUGCGACACCAGCCUGCCGCCAUCGAAACCUGCGGCCACUGCUUCUGCUACGAGUGCAUCAACACCGCCCUGGAGAAUGGAUGUGCGCCGCGGACGAUAGAAUGGCCGUGGUGUACGCUGGAGAAAGAGGUCGGCGCCGCUGAGGUGCGAUGGGCUGCCGCGACUGUGGUGUCUACAUCCGCGAAAUCGUUGCGCGCCAGCACAGCGGCAGCCACUCCAGGAGGCGCCCCGCAAGCAACCGAGGAGACUGCAGAUGGGCAACACGAUUGCGAUGAGGUGCAAGUCGCAGCCCCUCUAGAGUCCCGGGCCGCACGCUCUACGGAUGCACAGCCGCCACGCCAGCCGCGCAAGUUGCGCAAGGUGCAUCAGAUGUGCCCGCUGUGCCUUGGCCCUGCCUUCAAGUGGAUGCUCGUUCCCCUGCAGCCGCUCGCAGAUCUCUGCAACUCUCUACAUUCGGCGUACCCAGGGCUGGAGGGAGCGCUUGGGCAUCUCACAGCAACUACAUCGGACAGCGCUGUGUCCAUCACGGAGUCACGGGCAGCGUCUGAAAACUGUGACGAGGCAGGAGGAGAAAUCGACGGCGACAUGCAGUGGCAUGUGCAACCUGCCAGCGAUUCGGCUGACCUCAUCACCGCCGCCUUCGCGCCUCGCUCGUCAGUACCCGGUGCUGACGACUGGCAGAGCAGUCAGGACGAGGAGGCGGAGCGGCGCCGUCGCCGCAGCACCAGAGGGCCGCGGAAGGAAAUCACGUUUGCUGCCGACAUUGCAUCACGGGUGUCGAGCAUUCCAGCCCCGGUCACUGCCGACGCCCAGGCGACUGUGAAUCAGACCUCUGACUCUGCCGCUGAUAUCGCAUGCGUGGCGCACAGCGCGGGCGUAGAAGCCAUCGAGGAAGAGACGCCCAUCUCAGCCGAGGCUGAGGAAAAGGACGGCGGCGUGGCAGGGGCAGCAGUGGCGGCGGUUCUCCAGCUCAGUGCCGAUUUGAUUCCCUCACCAGGCGGCAUCCCUGCUCCAGCGCUCCCCGCGGCAACGACGCAGGCGCCGCGAGACAUAGUCUCCUCCAGCUCGUGGCAGCGCGGUGCCUCGCUCAACGCGCUGGCCCCAACGCCGCUCUCCCGAGAGGAGGUGCUGGGGCACUCGCCUACAGAUGCCAAAGAAGAUGAGGAUACUCAGCAGGGUGGAAAGAGGGACGUGGAUGCGGUGGUUAACCUUCACUUGGCGCCUGUCCACCAGCACGAGAAGGGUGCGCAGAGCACCGCAGUCGCGACAUCCACCGCGGCCGCUCCUCAGCCCUUGUUUCUGUUUUUCACAGCCCAACGUCACCACCGCCUCUUACUUGACACGGUCCCUACACCAUCGGACAAAAGCGGCGUGCCGUGGCCGGUGACGACGUCUCCAACGAGAAAGGAGGAGGCGGAUGGAUGGGCGCCGCCAUCAACGCGGCUGCCGGCGCCCCUCGGCAGCAUCGAUGCGAUCCUGCGUGCACGCGCCUCCUCCACAUCCGGGUGGUCUGUCGUGUGGGACGGGGUGGAAGAAAGGAAAAGCGACGACAGCAGUGACAGUGACGAAGGCUGUCCCACUACCCGGGCACGAUCGAGUCAACGCCCCUACUCCACUGUACAGGUUGCUGAGUUGGGUGAAGAUGAGUGUGCUGCCCGGGAAGAAAGGCGUGGCAACAGUGAUGUCGGUUGCGAGCAUCGACACCCGGUCCCGGCAACCGCUUUCUCAGGCGUGAGCCGUCACACCGUGAAGGAUGCGCUGACCUUUGUGCACAUGCAGGAUGUUUGGGAAUUGCACACAGCACUGGUCCGUCGACAUCCCCGACUGCCUCCGUGUUUUGUCGCCCUGCGGCACGGUCGCGUUCGCUGGCAGGCAGACGUAGCAGCAGAAGAGGAUGACAGCGAGUCAGCAGCUGACUCGACAUGCAACGGUGCCCCGCACCCACCGCCGCCGAUCCUCUGCGUGGUGGGGCACUACCCACAGCAGGCGUGCCGAAGCGACUCAUCAGGCUUGCGUCUCCUCCCUACGCUCACCCCGACCGCCUGUACAGCUCUCGUGCUCGGUGUCCCAUGCGUGGACAUGACGUGGGUCGCGUCGCCGACGUCUUCGCCUUGGACGGCGCACGCCGUCUCUGGGUGGCAGACGAACACCGCCGUCGUGGACGGCACAUCAUCACCUUCGGAGCGUGAACGGCAGAGGCCGAACGCAUUCCAGAACGCGCUGGAGAGGCUGACGGCGGCGUCUGGCGCUUCUUCGCAGCCACAGCGACUCGCAGAGCCACUGCCGGCCUCGUGGAUGGCCACAACGCAGCGCGCUCUCUUGGCCCACCUACACCCCACCGCGCAACCGCGCGACACUCAAAAGGGCGCUGACACGACUGCGGCCCACGCUGCCGUAGAUACGUACGUGUUCUUUCUCCUGCCAGACGGCGCCACGCGGCAGCUGGGUAAGAUGCUCUAUCAUCAGUGGACCCGUGCAGAGUUGUGGCAGUCACCGCAAGCAAAGGAUGCGCCUCCAACGGUAGUGGCGCCUCUCUCAUCAUCGUCACGCAAGCGACGCAGAGAUGGGGGGGGUGUCAGCGGCAUCAUACACGGUAUCGGCAACUGGUCAGCGACGGACGGCCACCCUCAACGAGCUUGGCGACGUCUGCUGCUGGUGGCCGGUGGUGCAGCAGUAGAGCUUUCGUGGACGCUCUUCGAGGCCCUCGUGGCAACCGCCGUUGCCUUAGAAGACGGCGACAGCUUGGUGGAAGGGCGCAGCGCGACAGGCACGGACUCUUUGGUAAAGGCGCUGACUUCACACCUUCGGCAUCGACGCGCCAGUGGCACCGGCAGCUUGUGGAUUCAUGUAGACGUGGCGGACUGCGAGCGCGAGCCAUCGCCGCCGCCGUCGUCGGCAGCGAGCCCAGUCCACUCCUGCGGUGCCCAGCACACACUCUUCCUCCUCUACAGCAUGGCGGUGGCACGCGAUGUUUUCGCGCAGCUGGUAGCAGAGAAGAAUGUGCGCGGGAAAACGCCGUGCACCUCGCCCUCUUCUUCAUCGCCGGCGCCAGGAGAUCACAGCACCACUCGCACCCGGGCGUACUUGCGACGCUUCAAGGUUUUUCUCGAUCGUCUCGCAGCGCUCGUCGCCGUCGUAGCGGCGCCGGCUCUUCCUGGCAGCGCCUCUUUGUAUGGAGGCGCGUCACACCAGCAGGAGGCUCGCCCGUCCAGCUGGUUACUGGAGAACAUCGCGCAAGGACGCCGCAGCGCCGGCAGCAGCGUCAACAUCUCGGCGCUGUCGCAAACGCAAGAGGAUGCCGGCGACGUCCGCGCGUCAUCCAUCAUCAGAAGCGAAACGCAGAGCAGCGGCGAACAGGCAAGGAGGCGGCUUGAUGCUGCUUCUCUCUCGACGGGCGAGUGCGGCGCAGAGGGCGAACGGCAAGUCGAAGGAGCUGCGCCUCUUCCAGCGCAGCGAGCUGGAGUGUACCGUAGCUUGCUCUACGCCGACACUCCGUAG